AUGGUUCGCUCAAUGCUUCUCCUUGCCGUCGCCGCUACAUUGCUCGGUCAGGCUGUCCAGGCCAACUAUGCUAUCGACACGGUCUACGACCAAAACAAUUUUUUUCAAGAAUUUAUCCACUUCAACAAGCCCGAUCCUACCCAAGGCUUUGUCGAGUAUGUCGACCGGCCCACUGCCGAGGGUGCUGGAUUGAGUGGAAUUCGCGAUGGUGCCAUUUACAUGGGCGUGGAUUCUACCACCGUAAACCCUGCCAACGGUCGACGUUCUAUCCGCGUCGAAUCUCAAAAGACCUUCACCAAGGGUCUCUUCAUUGUCGAUAUCGCCCACAUGCCGUCCAAUACCUGCGGUGUUUGGCCUGCCUUUUGGACAUUUGGUCCGAACUGGCCCACGUCUGGCGAAAUUGAUAUUAUCGAGGGUGUCAACACGCAAACUCAAAAUGCCAUUACUCUUCAUACUAAAGACAGGUGCCAAAUGUCUGGAGCCUCGAUUCUUGCCAACACCUUUGUCGGUGAAGUGGAAUGCAACACCGCGACUGGCUGUGGCCAGCAGACGGGCGACAACCAAAACUACGGUGACGGUUUUAAUGCCAUUGGCGGCGGCGUCUACGCCAUGGAGUGGACAGACUGGCAAAUCUCUGUCUGGUUCUUUCCUCGCUCCAAGAUUCCCGAGGACAUUCGCAGUGAUAGCCCCCAGCCCUUGACCUGGGGCGCGCCCAGCGCAGGCUUCUCCCCUGGCUCGACGUGCGACAUUGGCUCUGCCUUUAAGGACCACAAGAUCGUUUUUGAUACCACCUUUUGCGGUGUCUGGGCAGGAGAAGUCUGGGCUGCCAAUGCCGAGUGCUCUGCCAAGGCCUCUUCGUGCCGAGACUACGUCGCUGGCAAUCCGCAAGACUUUGCUCAAGCCUACUGGAGCAUCAACCACCUCAAGGUUUUCAAGGCUCAGUCUCUCUAG